AAGAAGAAGGUUUCCACCUUUGUCAUCGACUGCGCGAAGCCGGUCGAGGACAAGAUUAUGGAGAUUGGUUCGUUCACCGCGUUCCUCACCGAUCGUAUCAAGGUUGGUGGUAAGGCGGGCGCGCUCGGCGAGGCGGUGAGCGUGUCGAGCGACAAGACGAAGGUGACGGUGACGAGCGAAGUCGCGAUGAGCAAGCGCUACAUGAAGUACCUCACGAAGAAGUACCUCAAGAAGCACAACGUUCGUGAUUGGUUGCGCGUGAUUGCGUCCAACAAGGAACGCAACGUGUACGAGUUGAGAUACUUCAACAUCGCGGACGACAACGAGGAAGAAUAA